UUUUGAGAGAAUAUUUAACAAUUUAAUGAACACUAACAACAGCACUAACAAUAAAAGAAACACUUUGAACAACAACAAAAGACGUGUCAAAGUUUCACUUCAAUUCCCAGAAAAAUUAUUUUAUGAGAAGGUAUUGAAUGAAUGGAGGGAGAAUAUUUCUGAUCGAAAUCAUGCUUAUGUUGUUAGGAAAGCUUUGAAUAAUUUAAAAUUAUUUCCUUUGGAUGUUCAUGGACAUGGAGAGUUGAGGAAAAUUAGAGGUUUUUUAAUUUAA